UUUGUUUGGUACCUCGCAGCAGAGCAUACGUCUGAUUUACGGCUGUGAGUCGGAUGAGACUGUAACGAGUGUUUUUGAGACAUGCGUUCCUAAACAGGUUGGAUAUACACAUUGAAUUUGCUGUGAAAACAGGUUCUUGUGUGUAUAUUGAUAUUUUGGAUAACAAUGGGGAAGGAGAAACGACGUCCCUCGAGGGACUAUUAUUCCGUUUUUUAUUUGGCUGUACUGUUGAUUUUCGGGAAACGGGCUCUGGCCGAAUUGAGGUACUCGAUCCCAGAAGAGAUGAAAGAAGGGACAGUUGUUGGGAAUGUGGCAAAGGAUCUUGGUUUGGACAAAAGCUCUUUGAUUGAUCGACGGUUUCGUGUUGUGUCGGGAUCUAAGGACGCAUUUUUCGAGGUAAACCCGGACAAUGGAGUCUUACAGGUUCGCAAAAAAAUCGACAGAGAGGAGCUGUGUCAGGGAAGUGGUGCAUGCACGAUGGAGCUAAAAAUCCUGGUAGAAAACCCGUUGGAAAUACACUAUGUAGUUGUAGAAAUUACCGAUGUAAACGAUCAUCCUCCCAGUUUUUCUGAAAAGGAACAACAAUUUCUAAUAGCUGAACACACAUCUCCGGGAACACGAUUCGAACUACACGCGGCCCGUGAUUUGGAUGCUGGAUUAAACUCCAUCCGCACAUAUACUAUUACAUCAAAUGAUCACUUUGAAAUCGAGAUUAGUCAAAGCGAGGAGGAUAAAAUACCGUUGUUAGUACUGAAGAAGUCUUUAGACAGAGAGCAAAAGAAUAAACACUUGCUAUUUGUGACAGCCGUUGACGGGGGUAAACCUCCAAGAUCAGGGACACUGAACGUUUCUAUUAUUGUCCUUGAUGUUAAUGAUAAUCGUCCGACGUUUAGCAAAGACACUUAUCAAAUAGAAAUAUCUGAAAAUGUUUCGGUGGGUACAAUUUUAACAAAAGUGAAUGCUUUAGACCCAGAUGACGGGACUAAUGGAGAAAUAGAGUAUAGCCUGAGCAAAACAUUGGCACGUAAAGUUUAUGAGAUAUUUGAGCUGGAUAGUUUAACUGGACAAAUUACAUUGAAAACAGCAUUGGAUUUUGAGGAUUCAGAGAUAUACAGACUAGAUGUUCAAGCAUCUGAUAAAGGGCAACCUCCUUUAACAGGAAGGUGCAGAGUAAUCAUAAAGGUAAAAGAUGUUAAUGAUAAUCCACCAGAAAUAGAAGUCACAUCGUUGUCAAAUACAGUGUCUGAAGAUUCAAAACCGGGAACAGUUAUUUCACUUAUUAGUGUGACAGAUAAAGACUCUGGUGUUAAUGGGAAAAUUAUAUCACGCAUAAUCAAUGAUGUACCUUUUGAAUUAAAACCGUCCUAUAAGGAGAAUAUCUAUUCUGUGGUCACAAAGGACUUUUUGGACAGAGAGGAGGUGCCACAAUACGAAAUAACUAUAAAAGCCACAGACUGUGGUGAGCCUCCUCUAGCUACUGUUAAAACUUUUACCAUUCAAAUCUCAGAUGUAAAUGACAAUUGUCCACAAUUUUCCCAUAAUCCAUUGCAGUUUUACCUGGUAGAAAACAAUUUAGCUGGAGCAUCAAUAUUCUCUGUCAGUGCAAAAGACAAUGAUGCAAAUGAAAAUGCAGCUAUUUCAUAUCAUAUCGUUAGAGAACAUGAAGCAACCUCCUUUCUAAAUGUGAACUCAGACAACGGACACAUCACGGCGCUGAAAAGUUUUGACUUUGAGACAAUGAAAACUUUCCACUUCCAAGUUGUUGCCACAGAUUCUGGAGCUCCGUCACUCAGCAGCAAUGUCACAGUCAACGUCUUCAUUCUGGAUCAGAACGACAACACUCCAGUCAUCCUGUAUCCACUCAGCUCCAACGGAUCUGCUGAAGGUGUGGAGGAGAUUCCACGCAAUGUCAACGCAGGACACUUGGUCACCAAAGUCAGAGCCUAUGAUGCUGAUAUAGGAUAUAAUGGCUGGUUGCUCUUCUCACUGCAGGAAGUCACUGACCACAGUCUCUUUGGUUUGGACCGAUAUACAGGACAGAUCAGGACACUUCGCUCAUUCACAGAGACAGACGAGGCGGAACACAAACUGGUCAUACUGGUCAAAGACAAUGGAAACGUUUCACUCUCAGCAACAGCUACUGUCAUCGUCAAACUUGUGGAGCCCAAAGAGGCUUUUGCAGCAUCUGAUGUCAAAAGUGCAGCAAAAGUUGAUGAUGAUGAUAAUGUGACUUUUUACCUGAUGAUAACUUUGGGAUCAGUUUCUGUACUUUUUCUCAUCAGCAUCAUCGUGCUGAUUGCAAUGCAGUGCUCCAAAUCCACAGACUAUACUUCCAAAUAUCUGCAAGAGACUAAUUAUGAUGGGACACUGUGUCACAGCAUCCAGUACAGAUCUGGAGACAAACGCUACAUGUUAGUUGGACCCAGAAUGAGUAUAGGAUCUACUAUAGUUCCUGGAAGUCAUGCAAAUACUCUAGUGCUCCCUGACAGGAGGAGGGCAUCUGAAGAGGUAAGCUGGUUUAGAUUUUGA